AUGUGGCGAAUGCAAAUGCGGCGACAUCGCAUUGGUCAGCGCUGCCAACGCCUGCGCCAGCAGCUGCAGCAGCACGGCCGUGCUUGGCUGGAGCAACUGCAGCAGCGCAGGGCGUGGCGCGUGGGCUGCGCCCGCCCACGGCACAGCCACUCGCACGACGGCAGCUUCCAUCAGGCGGUGGCGCCAGUGCUCGUCCUUGCCCAGUGCUUCAGCCUGAUGCCGGUGCGCGGCGUGCGCGCGGCGUCCGCCCGGGGCCUGUACUUCAGCAGGCACAGCUGGCGCACCUGGUACAGUCUGGUCUACAUUUGCUGCACCUCGGUGGAUACGCUCUUCACCAUCAACCUGGCGGUGCAUGGCACUCUGGAUGUUCGCAGUGUGGAACCGAUUGUAUUCCACGUGAGCAUUUUGUGGGGCUCCUAUUACUUCCUGCAACUGGCGCGCCGUUGGCCAGCCCUGAUGCGGCGCUGGGCACACGUGGAGCAGCAGCUGCCCGGGUAUGAGAACUGGCGGCAACGCGAGCAUCUCACGCGGCGCAUUCACAGCGUGUCGCUGGCCCUGCUGACGCUCUCGCUGAUGGAGCACCUGCUCAGCAUUUUGUCGGCGGUUUAUCAUGACUAUUGUCCCAUGCGCAAGGAUCCCAUCGAAUCGUAUUUGUAUGCUGACGCCCAGCAGCUGUUCUAUGUCUUUCCCUACUCGAACUGGCUGGGCUGGCUGGGCAAGAUCCAGAACGUGAUGCUCACCUUCGGCUGGAACUACAUCGAUCUGUUCGUCAUCAUUGUGGGCAUGGGUCUCAGCGAGCUGCUGGCGCGGCUCACGCGCCAACUGCAGCAUCUCGUGCAACAGCCCAUGCCGGAGGUAUUCUGGACCUAUGUGCGCACUCGAUAUCGCUCCAUUGUCGAGCUCAUCUACGAUGUGGACGAGGCUGUCUCCGGCAUUAUGCUAAUCUCCUUCGGCAGCAAUUUGUACUUUGUCUGCCUGCAGCUGCUCAAGAGCAUCAACAAAAUGCCCUCGAUUGUGCAUGCCGUUUACUUUUACUUCUCGCUCUCAUUUCUUAUCGGGCGUUCGUUGUCGGUUCUGCUGUUUGUGUCCUCGGUGCACGAUCGGUCGCGGGAGCCGCUGCGUCUGCUGCAGCUGGUGCCGACCGGCGGCUAUCAUGGCGAGGUGUCACGCCUUGCCAGCGAGCUGUCAAGCGAUAAUGUGGCGCUGAGCGGCCUGCGGUUUUUCAGCAUCACCAGGAAGCUCUGUCUGGCAGUCGCGGGCAGCAUUGUUACCUACGAGCUGGUGCUCAUACAAUUCCACGAGGAUGAAAAGUCAUGGGACUGUGUCGCACAGCCGCCGCUCCACUAG